UACAUCGGUUACAAGACAAAACACAAAAGUAAGCAUUGCAGUCAAAUAAUACAAAGCUAUCGUUAUGUAAAGCCACGAGCUAGUGGCGAUAAUGAAGCACGUCCCUACAACAGUCUUCUUCUUGCUCUCCACUCUCCUCCUCGCCGUCUCCAUCGAGUCUCCACCACCGCCACUGUUUCCCGAUGAAGCUCUACCCACUAAAUCCGGUUACCUCCCGGUUAAACCCGCCCCAGGCUCCUCCAUGUUCUAUGCCUACUACGAAGCCCAAAAGCCAACCACAACUCUCACCGACACUCCACUCCUCGUUUGGCUCCAAGGUGGGCCAGGCUGCUCUUCCAUGAUUGGCAACUUCUACGAGCUUGGCCCUUGGCGAGUAGUUUCACGCGCCACAGAGCUAGAACCCAACCCCGGCGCUUGGAACCACCUCUUCGGCUUACUUUUCUUGGAUAACCCCAUCGGUGUCGGAUUCAGCAUCGCCGCUUCAAAACAAGACAUACCAAGUAAUCAGAGACAGGUGGCAGAGCAGCUGUACGCAGCUCUCGUGGAAUUCACCGAGCAGAACCCAGGUUUUGAACACCGACCGGUUUACAUAACCGGCGAGAGCUACGCCGGGAAGUAUGUUCCAGCUAUUGGUUACUAUAUCCUCAAAGAAAAGCCCAAUGGGAAGGUUAAUCUAAAAGGCCUUGCCAUAGGAAAUGGGCUAACCGACCCGGUAACCCAAAUCCGGACCCAUGCGGUCAACGUCUAUUACUCGGGUCUGGUCAACGCGAAACAGAGAGAAGCGCUCGAGAAAGCUCAAGAGAUAUCAAUAUAUCUCGUGAAGGCUCGGAAAUGGCGCGAAGCAGCAGAUGCUAGACUCGAACUAUUGACGCUACUAGGCAACAUGACAGGACUCGCGACGCUUUACAACACCGCACGGAUGAUACCGUAUAGAACGGACCUGGUGGUGGAUCUCAUGAACCAGAGGGAGGCGAAACGGGUACUGGGAGUGAGCGAAACGAUGCGUUUUGAGGAAUGCAGCGAUGAAGUGGAAGAGGCUUUACGAGGAGACGUGAUGAAGAGCGUGAAGUUCAUGGUGGAGUACGCGGUGGAGAGGACCAACGUGUUGUUGUAUCAAGGUAUGUUAGAUCUAAGAGACGGCGUCGUUUCGACUGAGGAGUGGAUGAAGAAUAUGAACUGGUCCGGGUUGGAGAUGUUUUUGACGGCGGAGAGGCGGGUGUGGAAGGAUGGUAACGGUGAUGUCGCGGGCUACGUACAGAGGUGGGGGAAUUUGUCACACGUGGCGGUUUCUGGAGCGGGGCAUUUCGUUCCGACAGACAAAGCUGUUAACUCGAGGGAUAUGAUUGAAGCUUGGGUUCUGGGUAAAGGUUUGUUCGAUGCUGAGGACGUACAUCAGACAUUAACGUCAAGCGUUUUAGAGUCCAAGCCAAAUAGAUUUGAUUCUGGAAAUUGAGUGAAAGAUCCACUGUACUAGUUGAGUUGUGUAACACUGAAUAAGAGUUUGAUUCUAGUUGUUCUUGUAAUUUUUCAUUGUACGUGCAAUUGAUCAUUAUGUUCUCAAAGUA